GGCUCACCCCAGGUCUAGGGCUGUGGGUUUCUGUUGCCCUGGGGCCCAGUAGCCCUGCUUUCUGCUCCCAGAGCUUCCAGGCUGGGCACCCAGUGUCGCAAGGAGAGGGUGACCUACAGGGACCUGGGCACUGAGAAUCAUACCUUUGGUCCAGUUAGAGGCCUGUCCCCGAGGCAUGGGGAAGGGGGAUUCCUGGUCUCCCCAUCUCAGGCAAGGAGAGGUCUGGGCUUGUGGACUGGAAGACUUCAGGGAACUGGUCGCAAAUGCACACAAAUCCUUUCUCCCCGCAGCGGCGGAAAUCGCGGUAUGCAGAACUGGACUUUGAGAAAAUCAUGCACACCCGGAAGCGGCACCAGGACAUGUUCCAGGACCUGAACCGGAAGUUGCAGCACACGGAGAAGGACAAGGAGGUGCUGGGCCCAGACAGCAAGCCAGAAAAGCAGCAGACACCCAACAAGCGGCCCUGGGAGAGCCUUCGGAAAACCCACGGGACACCCGCGUGGGUGAAGAAGGAGCUGGAGCCGCUGCCGCCGUCGCCCCUGGAGCUGCGGAGUGUGGAGUGGGAGAAGUCGGGCGCCACCAUCCCACUGGUGGGCCAGGACAUCAUUGACCUCCAGACCGAGGUCUGAGCGGGUGGGCAGCGGCCAUGCACCGGGCCACGGAGGAGGCUGCUGCUCGGCCCGCUCCUGCCGCAGGACGGGCACAGACACGCCCACGGGCAGCGGGCCAGGCCCGUGCCCCGGCCUCAGGGCGCUCGGACAGCGGCCAGGCAGAGGCCCGCAGUGCUGGGACCAGAGCCAGACAGGACAGGAGGCAGUGGUGGCCCCGGUGGGCACAGGGCUCCAGAGGCCAGAAGGUGGCUCGGACUCUGCCCUCCUCGGGCCCAGCCCCGGCAGGCAGGUGGGCGGCCGCGGACAACAGCCAGGCCGGGUGCGGCCAGCAUCCCCAGGAUGCCCACCUGAGCUGCCACAGCAGAGGACCAGCCUGCUUGGCCCGGCCAGCCUGGCACCGUUUUUUAGACACCCCUAUCCCUUGGGAAGCAGCCAGCCCCCCACACCUUUUUAGGGCAGGGGGCCUCCCUAGACCCAGGCGGAGAGCACAGCCCUUACACCUGCACCGCCCGGGGUAGGACUGAAAUCCCACUCCGGGAAGAGGCAGGGGUGGGGAAUCUAUUUUUUCUCUCCUUUUCUUUUCUUCAAUAAAAAGAAUUAAAAACGUG